GAAACAAACGAAAAUCUCGAGGAUGCAAGCAAUGAGCUAAUUCUCACUGACGAGGAUUUGGUGCGCUUCCAGAUAGGGGAGGUUUUUGCUCAUGUACCCAAGGAAGAAGUCGAAAACAGGAUAGAGGAAAUGAAAGAGGUGACCAGCCAAAACUUGGAGAAACUGGAGGAGGAGAAGGAAUCAAUACUUGCGCAGAUGGCUGAGUUGAAGAAGAUCUUGUAUGGCAAGUUUAAGGAUUCCAUCAAUCUUGAGGAGGAUUGA